AUGUCCGCCUCCACACCCGCACCCGCGAGUAGCAGCCAUGCGAGCAGCUCGCGCCGAGUACCGCUGGAUAAGCGGAAGCGCACCGAAACGAGCUGCGACAAAUGCAAGUCGCGCAAGCAAAAGUGCCGGAAGGAGCCUGGCCAGGACGCCUGUCGCUACUGCAUUGUGCACAACAUCGAGUGCCUGACGACGCAGCCGCGCAAGAAGAGACUGUAUGGGAGUGUCGAAGGCCUGGGCACCCGUCUGGCGCUGCUCGAGGCGCUGGUCAAGGGGCUGCUUCCAGAGGCAGACGUGUCCAGCACUGAGGCGUUGCGACAGCUUGCGACGUCGCAUGGCAUCCCGCUGCCAGACUCGGCCGCCAACGACGCGCAUGGCGACCAAGACGACAGUGGCGAGGGCGAGGGAGACGACACCGUGUCGCUGCUGCCCGACCAGCAAGGGCAGGUGCAGUUCAUCGGCCCUGGCAGCUCGCUCUCCUUCCACAUCAAGCUGCGGACGCUGGUCGGAAGAGGCGCUCUGCGCGAGUUUGUUCUCUUUGGCAAGAACGCAGCCCAGGCAUCGUCGCCAACAGGCAGCGACGACCAGCGCAAUCCGUCGAAUCCCACCGCGCCAUCGAGUGCCACCCACGGCUCUGGCGCCGUCCAGGCCCGACACUUGAACCCCAGCGACAGGCCAAACCUCGAAGUGCUGAUACGCGCCUUCUUCGAACACAUACACCCAGACUUCCCAGUCCUGCACGAGCCUUCGUUCCGCGAGGCCUACGAGGCGUGGUUGGUCAACCCCAGGAAUGCCGAUCCCGCCUGGCUAUGCAGCUUCACCUGUGUGCUGUUGCUCGCCCGUCGCGUUGCGCGCAUUCCCUUCCCAGAAGACCAGGAGCGGCUAUGGUGGCAAAGGACACAAACACUUCUUCCCGUCGUCAUCUUCACUUCCAGCAUCACAGCCAUACAAGCCCUGUUAUUGGCCGCCAUACACCUCCACAACACAAACCAUCGGGAUGCUUGCUGGAACCUGACGGGCACCGCUGUUCGUAUUGCAUAUGCCAUUGGACUGAAUCAGGACAAAGUCAACGCUGGCCAAACACCUCUGGCUAGGGAGGUGCGCAAGAUUCUAUGGUGGACUUUAUAUGCCUUUGAGACGAUGCAGGUGUCCUCCUAUGACCGUCCGAGUGCCAUCGAGAACCCGGGCGCAAAGAUUAGCAGUCCCAACGAGAAAAUAAUUGGCGGACCCCCUGACCUGUCCGCAUGCUCGACCCGCUUGUUCAUGCUGCUCGGGUCAACGUGUCGCGCGCCCAAGACCGUCAAGUCCAACGCCAACGAUGAAUCCUAUGUUGGCCCCUUGUCGCCCGCCGCGGGUGUGCUACGCGACCUGGUCCGAUGGAAGGAGACGUUACCCAGGCAUCUACACUACCAAGUUAUAGACGCUUCACCUCCUGCUAUGCAACGGCCGCUGUUGAUGAUACACUCCGUAUAUCACUAUACAACCAUCGUCUUGUGUCGCUCAGCCCUGCUUGCACGCGCUUCCAGUCUGGCCAAGAGCGGUCAUGACACUACAAACUCCGCACUCACAGCCAUGGCGGAAGCUUGCUCUGAGUCUGGCCGAUCGCUGGCCAAGGCAUUGCUCAAACUUGAAUCUUUUGGCAAAUUCGAUUCCGUCUACUCUUGUGACGUAUGGUAUAUGCUCGCAUCAAGCUCAGUGCUAGUACUUGAUCUUGUGUGCUUGAAUAAGCUCGGAGGCACAGACAUGUCAGAAUCCCGCAUUCUGUUGUCUCAGCUUGCAGAUCUGGCACAGCGGCAUAGGCGGAAUCCCUACAUGCCUGGAACCAUUGAGAAAUUCGCAUCCCUGGUUCCAGAACUACAUUCCAUGGCUGACUCUCUAGCUUCGCCUGUCAGAUUUGCAGAGCCGGAACUCGAGACCCACGACACCGCACCCCAGAGUUCCCUUCCGCCGCAGCAACUAUCGCAGCCGGAUGCUGUGCCACACAUGUACCAUCAGUCUCCGCCCGGCGUAGGUACUUACAUGUACGCGGAUCCGAUGCCAGGCCGUAUAUACCCUGACCAGGCCUACAUGGGCCCUGCCAUGCACCCUAAUGCCCGGUUCGAUAGAACGACGCAAAUGCAGUUCAUGGAUUUUACGAUUAACAAUAUUCACGAGUGGAAUUGGGCGGACAUUGGGACUAUGGUUGGCCCCGAAGGCGUUCCGAAUAUGCCUGGAAACCCUCAUUUACCACUCGCGUCCAUAUCCAAGAUGAGAAUCUCAAGAAUCCUCGACUUGCCUCUCUUCAGUAGCCGCUUCAAGUUACAAAUUCACAUUGCUCAAGUCGUACUCGUCACUGCCGCUGUCGGCCUUACGGUUCCUCGUCUCUUUGUAAAAAAUAUUCCGCGUUCAAGAUCAAGCACAAUCGCAUUGGGAAUGGGUGCUAAAUCCCUCAUCCUGCUCGCCUACCUCAUACUUUCGGAACACGUUCCCCGUUUCCAGCGUUGGCACAGCUACAAGGCGCACGCGAUUAUCGCCUGUCUCGAGGUGGUGUUCUGGAGUGGAGUUGCUGGCUUAACGUUCCAGGCCAACAUGAAGUCUUGCGUAGGGGUAACAUGUGGCCUGAGCUGGGUAGUAAUGGUCCUCGCCGUCAUUAUCAUCAACACAGAAAUUGUUUGCUCCGGUAUCAGUAUCAGAGAGUUCAGGGAGUGGAAAAAAGCGGGCAAGCCAAAGUCAAUGGGACCUCACUACGCCCCUCGUUCCCCAUUUGACGACGAGGAAUCACUCCGAACCGGAGUUGCACAACCAAAGGAGGCGCCUGUCCAAGCUGCCGAACGAGCAUACUUCCACUCCGAGCAACGAAAUGCGCAACCUGGCCAAACUCGACCCCACGGGGAAUCUCUUUGGAAUGAUCAGAACGCACGGCGAUCUUCCCGACAGGGACGCCAUCAUUCUUCGCGCCGCUCUGAGGAUCGUACACGUGGCCGAGAAGAGCGUCAUAUGCAUGAGAUGGAACAACCACCGCGAUACCCAGAACAGCAACAAUACUCUCCAAGAGGAUCGCGCUGA